AUGUCCACCCUGAACCAGCUUUACCUGCUCGCCGACCACGUCAAGCUCUCCCUCCUGGAGCGCCAGCGCGCCCUGUCGCUCAACCUCGACGCCGACACCCAGGACGGACACAUCUCUCGCUCGCUCGACCAAUUCAAAGAUGGCCUGGAAGCAUUAGACGCCGAGGCCAAGCGCCUGCAGGGUACCGGCGAUGAGAGCGCCGCCCUGAACAUCACCGACUCCCUCCCCGCGCUGCAGAAGCAAUUCUCAGACCUGACCUCCCAAUUCCACGGGUUCUCGAACCCCUCCACCUCCUCCACCACAACCUCGCCAAACGACCCCUCCCUCGCCGCCGACUUUGACGCCGCCCAGUCCACGAAACCCCUCAAGGGCUCCCUUCGCGGCCUCCCCGGCGGUGCCGCCGCCGCAAACAACAGCAAGACCGUCCGCUUCACCGAUUCCCCCGGCGCCGCAGCAGCAGCGGAAGAAGACGCCGCCGCCGCAGCACUCUUCGGCCCCGGCCGGUACCGCGACGACCCGGCCGACACGGCGGGCUACCGCGACCAGGCCGAGGGCAUGGACAACCAGCAGAUCCACGCGUACCACUCGCAAAUCAUGCGCGACCAGGACGACCACCUGGACCGGCUGGGCGAGUCCAUCGGGCGGCAGAGGGAGCUGAGCAUGCAGAUCGGCGACGAGCUCGACUCGCACGUCGCCAUGCUGGACGAGGUGGACGAGGUCGUGGACCGGCACCAGGGCCGGCUCGACCGGGCGCGCCGGUCGCUGGGGAAGGUCGCGCGGGACGCUGGGGAGAAUAAGCAGAUGAUGACGAUUGUCGUGCUCAUCAUCAUUCUGGUUUUGCUGAUUGCCAUUCUGAAAUGA